GCUUUAUAUAGCAAGCCAAGACCACUUUCUGUGGGAGCUAACUAUUUUCGUGAAUGUAUGGUGUACCUAAUAAACUGGCCACUGAGUGUAUUUUGUGUAGAACAGACAUGUCUCUCUGACAUGUUAAGUAGGGUCCCGUUCAGUGCCUGCAUGGCAUUUAUAUCUGCAAUACUGAGCUGGCCUGACAAGAUUCCUUACUGUACUGUACAUGUCAGAGGCAUCGCUGCCCGAAUAUAUUUCUAUCGGAAUGUUGUCAUUGUGGAUUGUGCCUUACUGAUCACCGCCCAGGUGUUGACACUUUCUCCGUGCACAAACAAUAGCCUUGAAAGGUGUCGCUUUCUCCAUGCACAACCAAAGCCAAUCAAACCACCUUAGCUUAACGAGAACAGAAAUUUACCUGCACGUGCGAGGGUUAAACAUUUCCCUCAAAAUAUGUGCUCUCAGUGGAAUGAAUGAUGAGUUGAUCGAUUGUGAAGCUGUUUAGCUAGCUAGCUAAAUUGCUAUUUUAGAUAUUAGUUGUCAGUAGCUAAAUUGUCAUUGCAGUUUGUGAAUUGAACUUAAUUAAUUUGGCUACAUCUCAUUACUUUCAUAUCUCUAAACCAUAUGAAAUAAUCGCCAUCACAUCUAAACCUUGCAGGUUGCAAUUGUUAGCGUUACGUUUUGAAAAUACUUUUAUUGACUGAAGGGACAUGAACGGGUUAAAAUUCCCAUUCAAGAAGAACCGUUCUGCACGAGACGCCCCUGUGUGCAUAUCGUGGGCUUGCGCAGUCUGGUUUAAACAGUACAAACACACACAGUUGUUGCUUUUCCUUCAGAGCCAUUUUUUUGUACAAAAAUGUUUGGAGAAACGUUUAAAAAUUUUACAAUACAUUUCAACGCCAAUAACCCGAGAGUGACUUUCUCGAGUGGUGACUUUAUGGCAGGUCAGAUUUCCUUUGAUCUUUCGAAAGAAACAAAGCUCAGUUCUAUAACAUUAACAUUAAAUGGAAAAGCAAAGGUACAGUGGACAACACAAGGAGGAGGUGGUGGAAGAAGAGGACGACGCAGAAGGCAACGACGAGUCCACUCAGCAAGGCUGGAAUUCUUCAACUUCUCUCAAAUCGUAAUGCAAGAAAAUAACGCGGUCCCUAACACCACACUUCAACCAGGAACCCAUGUGUACCCAUUCACAUGCCAAAUCCCACAAGGAAACUUCCCCUCCUCUUUCCAUGGGGUGCAUGGCAGUAUCAUUUACUCAAUGAAGGUGGAGAUACACAGGCCAUGGCAUCUAGCCAAGGAGUUUGUGACUGAGUUCAACUUUGCCAGCCACAUAGAUGCCAACCAACCACAUCUUCUGGCUCCUCUGGCAGGCAGCAACACCAAGACCCUGUGCUGCCUCUGGUGUGCCUCAGGUCCCAUCUCAAUGACUGUCUGCACUGAGAGGAAAGGCUUUGUCCCAGGAGAGAUGGUGAAAAUCAUCUGUGAGCUUAGUAACGGCUCCUCUCGGAUAGUGACUCCGCAUGCGACCCUUAUCCAGAAGCAGAUGUUUUACACCCAUAACAAGUGCAACAGGAGGUUGCAGAUGAAAAACCUGGCUUCAGUGGAUGGUCAGCCGGUCAACCCCAGUAGCUCUGAGGUCUACAGCGAUAUGAUGCUUCUCAUCCCUCCCAACACGACUCUCACUAUCUCCAACUGUCCUAUACUGGAGCUGGAUUACACUGUGGAUGUGAGUCUACGUAUCAGAGGUUCCACGGACCUCAAGGUGCUGUUCCCCAUUGUGCUGUGUAAUAUUCCUGUUUACGCUCCCCAGCCUCCACCGCCAUAUCAGUAGCAGUAGUACUAGGAUCACGUUGCCCCUAGACUCCAAUCUAAGGUCAGUUCAGUGUUUUUCUACCUAGUGGUUAGGAUUUAGGCAGGGUAAGCAGCGCUUAGAUACGAAGGGAAACUUGUACCUAGUCAUAUUAGAGACAUGCAUAGUGUCUCACAACAUCCGUAACCAAAGUUACGUCUGGGAAUAUGAGGGUUACUAGGAACCAUUCUUCUGGUGAGCUGGUUUUUGUGUCACUGAUUAUUUGGACAAAUCACGAUUUCGCCGGGUUGGUCUAAACCUGGCAUCUUUAGAAUUUGGAAAGGGAGGGGUUAAUUUAGGCCCAUAGAUGGCUAAAAGGAUUUCAGAGGAGGGCAUGUGGACUUUGCCACUCACAUUAGGCCAAACAUCUCAGCUGGCCAGAGGCCCGCGUUCACUCUAGAUUUGGUUCUGGAUUCUGAGAUUAGACACUGCCAAACCCCUUUUAAGAUGGGGUUUCCAAUUCUACAAUUUCUACAUGUUUAUCACCAUAAGAAUUGUUAGAGCAAGUUUUGUCAUCGACCACCAUGUCAAAUCCUUCCUUCAUAUAUUGUCACUUACCAAUACCUAUGGAAGUCUUGUGCUAUUUCUGCUCACUAUUGCCAUAACUGUUCAGAAUUCAUAACUUUUUUAAAGACUGACAUUUCAGAGCCUAAUUCACCUCCAUCUACGUCAUGAGAUGAGGAAAUAUUGGGCAAUGUUAUUGCUAAGAGGACUAACUUAAUACUACAGCUGAUAAGGAAGAAGGCUUGAUAGACAACUGAACUUGCUCUAACAAAUCUUACAACAUAACAAAUUGUAGGAUUUAUGUUAAAUGCCUCUUAAAAAGGUUGAUUUGCAAUAGUUCUCAGGGUUGUACCAAAUACGGUACCAUAUUUUCUAAUAUUUUAUGCAUGAACUUUUAAAAGGUGUUUGUUCCAUUAAUAUUUCUGUUACAUGUUUUUCUAGCCAUACAGUUUUAUUUACAGUUGUAUGUGUGUGUAUAUAUAUUUCAUACUACUUACAUGUAAUGAUGCCUUGCCAUCCUUCAGUGUUUGAGGUGACAGACAGUGCUUUAAAUAUCUAAUGGUGCAGUCGUCGUUCAUCUCUUUCCAGGUCAUGUUACUUAGCAUUUCUUUCAAGGUGCUUGAGUGAUUGUUAACAUAAGAUAAUUGGGCUUUGUGACUGUGUUUACUCAUGUUUGAUCAAUCGCUCCGUGGUGUAUGUCUGUGUCUCACCCUACUUGUCUUUUUUAUCAUGGUUAAUUUAAGGAUUCGAUUUGUUAUUCAUGGUCAACAACAUUGUUUUGCCCCAUUCAUUUGGAAAAAUAGAUUAUUCAGGAUGCUUGUGAUUCAAUCACUAAUUCGUUUGUACGUCCGUUUUAAAAUUACACUGUAAUGCUACUACACUGUUCUCAUGCUGUGGUCUGAAUAACAAAACCAUGUUUUUACACUCCUAGUUGUAUGAGCAUAAUCCAACAGAAAGUCUGAAACAUUUGACAUUUUAUAUGGUUGAGCUUACUAUAUGAAGAACCACUCAAAUUCACGCACAAUAAUAUAUUAUUCAUAUGAAUUGUAUUGAUGUGUGUUUGUGUAAACUAUAUAUUGUAUUUAUGUUUAUGUUAUAACAGUGUUUUUAUGUCUGUUUUAACACUCCCAAGUUCAUCCAUUGAGGACAUCUACUCAUUUUAAACUCUUUCAAGCUCCCUUGAAGAGUUCAGUACUGCCGUUCAAAGAUGUGCACAACCCAUUUUUUUGAAGAUGUAUUGGUGGUAAAUGCAUUAUGUUGUAUUGAACGUGGACCUUUUUUUACAUUUGAUUUCAAAUGUCAAAACUGGCCUUGUUUGUGACGUAGUCCUUGCCUUCGAGUUCCCUUGAACCUUCUUAAUGAAGACAGGGAAGUACACAUCUCUAGACUCUUUGUGUAUUGCCAAAAAUGUAUCAUUUGUAAUAUCACAAUAGAAA